CCUGGCUUCAGUGAUGUCAGAGGCCCAGAGAAGUAUAAAAGCAGAGGAGGGGACUGGAAGCAAGUCACAAGCAGGCAAACACCCACACAGCCCGAACCUGCUAGAGGAGAAGACCAAAGAUGUUAAUGUCUUUAUUUCUUAUUCUGUUAUUAUCUGGAUUUUGUAAUAUAGGAAGAUGUGUAGUGUCCAGUCAAGGAGUAUCAAAAGAUGAAGAAAUAAUAAACCAGAUUAAGGGCACAAACCAGGCCCUGGCUGAAAUUAAGGAACUGCUUAAGCAACAGAUAGAGGAAAUUGUGUUUCUGAAGAACACUGUUAUGGAGUGUGAAGCCUGUGGCAUGAGCACAGGUGGUACAGAUCGAAAACCAUCCUGUGAUCCCAAUCCCUGCCACCCAGGAGUGACUUGUACUGAGACGGGUAAUGGUAUCAGAUGUGGGUCAUGUCCUCAAGGCAUGGAGGGCAACGGCACCCAUUGCACAGACAUCGAUGAGUGCACUGUGAAACCAUGCCAUAUGGGUGUGAGAUGCAUCAACACAUCUCCUGGUUUCCGCUGUGGUCAAUGUCCUGCUGGUUAUGCAGGUCCCCAGGUGCAAGGAGUCGGACUUGACUACGCCAUCGCCAACAAACAGGUUUGCAGAGACAUAAAUGAAUGUGAAAUCUCAAAUGGAGGCUGUGUGGAGAAUUCCAUCUGUUUGAACACAGCGGGGUCUUUCCGGUGUAGUCGCUGCAAGCCAGGCUUCAUAGGAGACCAGACACAGGGCUGUAAGCCUGAGAGGGCAUGUGGGAAUGGGCAGGCCAACCCUUGCCAUGCGAGUGCUGAGUGUAUCGCCCAUCGGGAUGGCAAUAUUGAGUGUGUUUGUGGAGUUGGCAUGGCUGGCAAUGGAUACUUAUGUGGAACUGACACAGAUAUUGAUGGCUUCCCUGAUGAACAAUUGCAGUGCUCUGACAGAAACUGUGCUAAGGACAACUGUCUCACAGUACCCAACUCUGGCCAAGAAGAUGCUGAUAAGGACGGCAUUGGAGAUGCAUGUGAUGAUGAUGCAGAUGGAGAUGGGAUCCUGAACACAGAGGACAACUGUGUGCUUGUGCCAAAUGUAAACCAGAUGAACACUGACCAAGAUGAUUAUGGAGAUGCUUGCGAUAACUGUCGCUUAAUUAAAAACAAUGACCAAAAGGACACUGACAGCGAUGGCAGUGGUGAUGAAUGUGAUGAUGACAUUGAUGGUGAUGGUAUUAAAAAUGACAAGGACAACUGUGUGAAGGUUCCCAAUGCUGACCAGAUUGAUCGAGACGGUGAUAAUGUUGGUGAUGCUUGCGACAGCUGUCCUUAUAUUAGCAAUCCUGACCAGAUGGAUGUCGAUAAUGAUUUGAUUGGUGAUCCUUGUGACACCAACAAAGACAGUGAUGGAGAUGGUCAUCAGGACUCACGAGACAACUGUCCUGCAGUCAUAAACAGUUCUCAGUUGGACACGGACAAAGAUGGCAAAGGGGACGAGUGUGAUGAUGAUGAUGACAAUGAUGGCAUUCCUGACCUCCUUCCUCCGGGACCAGAUAACUGCAGGCUCAUCCCCAACCCGCUACAGGAAGAUUGGGAUGGGGACGGAAUUGGAAACGUCUGUGAAAAGGACUUUGACAAUGACACAAUCAUAGACACAAUCGAUGUGUGCCCUGAGAAUGCAGAGGUCACCCUUACUGACUUCCGAGCCUACCAGACUGUGGUGCUGGACCCAGAAGGAGAUGCACAAAUAGAUCCAAACUGGGUGGUGCUUAAUCAGGGAAGAGAGAUCAUUCAAACCAUGAACAGUGAUCCUGGACUAGCUGUUGGUUACACAGCAUUCAAUGGAGUGGACUUUGAAGGGACGUUUCAUGUAAAUACAGUAACAGAUGAUGACUAUGCUGGGUUUAUCUUCGGCUAUCAGGACAGCUCCAGUUUUUAUGUAGUCAUGUGGAAGCAGGUGGAGCAGAUCUACUGGCAGGCGAAUCCUUUCCGAGCUGUGGCUGAACCAGGAAUCCAACUCAAGGCUGUGAAAUCCAACACAGGGCCAGGAGAGAAUCUGCGAAACUCGCUGUGGCACACAGGUGAUACUGCCAACCAGGUGAAGCUGCUGUGGAAAGAUCCAAGAAAUGUGGGCUGGAAGGACAAGACUUCUUAUCGUUGGUUCCUGCAGCACAGACCCCAUGAUGGGUACAUCAGGGUUCGGUUCUACGAAGGCCCGAAGAUGGUUGCAGACACAGGAAUUAUCAUUGACACGACCAUGAGAGGAGGCAGACUUGGAGUGUUCUGCUUCUCACAGGAGAACAUCAUCUGGGCCAACCUGCGCUACCGAUGCAAUGAUACCAUUCCGGAGGACUUUGACACAUACAGAGCCCAACAAAUCCAGCUUCAGAUUUAGCCUCAGUCAUUGUCUCAAGACAAAAGUCAUUUGGUCCAUGCCUUCACAAUGACCAGUGGUUCCCCUAGACCAGUGCUUUUUGUAAAAUGGGAUUUGGAGACCCACCAGGGUCAGUGAAGGAUUGCCAGGAGGUCCCUGAUUUUUUUUAUUUUAUUUUUUAUUUUAGUUACAGCAGUGGAAAUCACAACCUACCAUAAGGUUAUUAUUUUUAAUGUUAUGUUCUUAUACUUAUUAAAGUGUUCGACUGGUAACUUGAUUUGAAUGGGUUUAAUCCGAACCUCAAUAAUUCAAAAACAGGUAGGCCUACAAAUAAUGUCAAAUAAUGUCCUAAUGUGUCCAGUCAGUGGAAAGUUCAGGAAUAGAAGCUCUAUUAGUCAUAUAAAUAGACAAAAUACAGUAUUAUUGUGGACAUGUAAAUAAUGCUCAUGAAAUAAAUCUGUGUUGAGGGAGUCCAUGGAAUUUAAUUUACAGUAAAAGGGAACUGUUUGGGAAAAGUUUGAGAACCCAUACCAUAGACCACUCUAUCAAACUGCAAAUAUGCUACUAAGAAUACCGAAUAAAACUGAAUACUGUAUAAAACAGAGCUUUAUGCCUAUACUGUCAUAAUUUGCAGUCAUGCAUUUCCUUUACCCCUCGAUACCUAAUCAUCACGAAGAGGUUCAACAGCUACUCCUUUUAAGCAGAAUGUGAAGUGUAUCAUUACUGUACCAGCGGAACUACACUGUGGUGGUAAUACAAGAAUGGAAAUAAACAUUUAAAUUUGCUACUGA